AUGGCUACCGCUUCUCCUACCUCGCAGGUUCCAACUUGGCUCGAACCUACCUCGGAGGAAGCUGAGGAUCUUGACGAACCUCCAGAGCGGAAACCCAAGUUUGGGAGAACUGCUGUCCGGCAGCCGCAAGACCAUGCAUCGCUGUUGACCAAGGCCAUCAUGGGUGAGACAGACGAGUCUCCGGCACGCCAAACCCACUCUAUCCUCAACAGCCAGCGCCGUCGUUCCAUGACGAGCAAUAUCAGCGUUGCUUCAACCGCUGACCUGACUAGCGACACGGGCAUGACGAGCCCAUGCCGGACUAGCACACCAAGUCCUCCAAUCCCGGAAAUGGCCGCUUUACGUUUACAUCACGAUGUUUACCAAAUAAAAAAGACACCGGCCGUCAACGCUACCGCUCCCCAACUUCCCCAACCUCCUAAGAAGCGAUGCAUUCAGUUUGCCUGCGCAGCCAUGCCACCCAUUGCUUCGGCUCAACCCAUGGUAAAGUCGCCCUCGGAAGGACAAGCUGGCAGACGGCCUUCUAUCAAGUUCGCCUGCCCAGAACGACCAGCGUCGACUCAGAACACACCUCCGAAGCUCAUGGCGGAAGCUAUUGUAUCACCUUCUUUGCCUACAAACCCUGAAUCGCCUUCCACCCCCAGGAAGCCCUCCGCACUUCCGGCAGCCUGUCAGAACACGCCCCGUUCCUCAACCCGACGUCCAUCCGACAGGGCCGCGCUGCAUCGUCCCAAGUUUCUCCGCGCCAACUCUGUAGAUCUCGUCAAAGACAGCUCUCAAUUUCAUGAGUUCGCCAGUGACAUUGCUAGGGAGGAAGACUGGAUCAGGCAACCUCCCUCAGCUGUGGCAACCAGACUCACCAUCGACGACACACUUUCCAAAGAGAAUCACUUCCGUCGCAUCGGAGCCGAGGCUGAGGAGGAAGCCGAGAUGGAGGAAAAGGAAGACGAGGAAGCCACCGAGGAUGACGAGGACUUGGAUGCUGUGGAUGAGGAUGACGACAUUGAAGACGACAUCGACCAAGACGAAGACGGAGGCAACUUUGAAGAGGAUUCCGAUGGGUACCACACAGAUUCCGAGAGCGGGUUUGCCGAAUCCGACGAAGAAGAGGAACAAGACGAAAACAUGAUGCUCUGGACUCCAAGCCACGCCACGGUUCGCAACAAGACCGUCGUUGUUGCCCCCAUCCGCCGACUUUCCCUUCAUGAGCCUCAGUCCGAUUCCUCGGCAGCAAGCGGCAACACUCGGUCGAGCAUGAGGCGGCUGAAGGUCAGACGCUCCGUCAAGAUCAGGUCCAGCACCCCGGACCUUCCCGAUAGCACAGACUUUGUCUGCGGCACACUCGAUGAGGAUAGACCGCUGGAGGAAGCCUAUCUCUCCUGCUUGGCCGCCCGCAGAAGCGAGAAGCUGCGAGUCAUCCCGCAAGACAUCGACCCGAGCUUCCCGGCGUCUGACCCUGACAAUGACGAGGACGAAGACAUUUACAAUCCCGUGCUCCACGAAAGUGACGAAAACGUAUGGGUUCAAGGCAAGAUGGAGGACCUACACCACGGGCAGCAGGAUCGGUGUCGAAGACGCAAAAAGACGGAGCAGGCCUCCCCUCGCAAGUACCGUUCACCAGCACCAGCCGCAAGGAGGCAUCAUUCUCCCGCCCCAAAGGCUCGCGGUCGUUCCCCCAAGCCGCUGUUUGGCCGUCACUCGCCCAGGAGACCAUGCUCCCCGGCCCCGAGAGGGUUCAACACUCCCUCCCAGACUCCCCGCCAGGGCCCGCACGUCCAAUUUCAUCUGGCGGGUCGCCCUGGGAUGACGAUGACGAAAUCUCUCCCUCGACCCCCCGCCAUCUUCACAGCCAUGAAAGGCGCCAAGACGACGAAGCACCAACACGUUUCUGACUGCCACCUUCGCGGCGCUAUUGACAUUGUCAAAGGUCUGGAGCAUAAGCGACAGCGCCGGAAGGAAAAGUUUUUCCAAAAAUACUGCAAUCGGGCUAGACGCGGUCAGAUUCCCGAGCGGAAGCCCCAGCCUGGGCGUGGCGCUGAGCGCAUGAAGGAGCUCGGCUUGCUCAUGGCUGGCAAGAAAGAUCAGGGCAACUAUGUCUUGUCUGUCUGA